CGGUAGGAGGCGAUUUCUGACACAGUCACAGAUGACGCGCGAGAAACCGGAACCCCUCGCACGCAGUGUCCACACACAUUUUAGUUCCGGUGGCAAGCGCGGUUUGUUUUGGAGUUUCUUUUUUCAGUCCUCAGUCCUUCUUAAACAAAAAAAGUGUAGGCCGGAGCCUGAAUUGAGGUUCCUUCAUGGCUGCAGCAACUUUACAACAACCUAGUUUUCUUCUGGCGAACCUGAAAGCGGAUAUCUGCAUCAAGCCACUGCUACAGCGAUGUCAAGACCUGGUGAAGAUCAUCGAUGAAUAUCCUGCAAAGGAACUUCAGCUUAUCUUCCCGUGGCUGCUGGAGUCUGUGUUUGGAAGUUUGGAUGGAACCAUCAUUGGCUGGAACCUUCGACUGCUCACCCACAGAAGCAGUGACUACAAUAUUGUCCUGGACUUUCUCAGUCCCAGUGGACCAAUGAUGAAGCUAGUCUACAAACUCCAGGCAGAAGAAUUCAAAUUUGAAAUCCCUGUCAUUCAUCUCCCUGCUCCAAUAAAGGCCUGUAUCCAGGAAGGGGUCCAGCCUGACUGUCCUCUGUUCCACAACAAGCUGCUCCUUCCUCUGACUGGAGCCUUGAGCCUAACACUGGCUCUGAAUCCUUUUGAGUUUUACAUGUUUCACUUUGCCUCCUGCCUCAUCAAACCAAGGAACUGUCCUCCAGGCCAACACUUCAGCACCACAGACAGUGCCUACUUUGUCCUGGUGGAUUCAUACCUGAAGUACUUUUUGCCCUGUGAAGGAAAUGUUCCUCCUCCUCCUGCCCCUCUCUAUGACUCCAGAGGCUCAGUCGCAGCUUCUUCACCCAGGUCAUCUGGCGUCUCUUUUCCUGGUCAUAGCAUUCACAACUCCAGUCUCCUCAAACAUCACAUCUUCCACCAGCCCUCAGUGAAUGUGGAGCCGUCAGCUCAGGAGAUCUGGCGGUCGGAGACGCUGCUGCAGAUGUUUGUGGAGAUGUGGCUACAUCACUACUCUCUGGAAAUGUACCAGAGGCUCCAGUCUCCUCAGGUCAAGCUGGCUCUCCUCCAGCAUCGCCUCAGUAUGUCCAGUAGGUGGCACCACCUUCAGGCGCCUCCAACAGGCUCUGGGAUCCCUCACAACUACCAAGUACUUUUACCUAUUCACUCAGCCCCGCUCCAGUGGGGCCACCUGGAGGAACCAUUCACCCCAACAGAGGAACAUGUGCUGGUGGUCCGUCUCCUGGUCAAACAUCUCCACGCCUUUUCUAACAGUCAGCUGAACACAUCCGGCACGACGUCCUCACCUUCAUCCCACUCUCACACCCAACACACCAGCCCUUUGGAGGAAUUCAAGAGAGUGGUGGUGCAGCGAUUUGUCCAGCAGAAGCUCUACCUGUUUCUCCAGCAUUGUUUUGGUCAUUGGCCUCUGGAUGCCUCCUUCAGAGCUGUGUUGGAGACAUGGCUGAGCUACAUCCAGCCAUGGAGAUACACAGGAGAGAAUAUCAGUCCCCUGUCGUCCCAGCAGAACAGAGGUGUUCCAGACAAAUGGGAGGGGUUUGUGCAGGAAAACCUUCUCAUGUUUACCAAAAUGUUCCAGGCUUUCCUGAAUCGGGUCCUCAGGACGGACUUAGUCAAUGCCAAGAAUGCUCUGAUGGUCUUCAGGGCCUGCAAAGUCUUUGCCCAGCCCAACCUGUCAGAAAUGAUCCUCAGAGGUGAACAGAUGUUCCUGCAACCAGAACACGUCCUCCACCAUCGUCAGACCCGUGGCCUCAUGUCACCGAGUCAAGGAGGAAGUUAUCUGUCAUCUCGCCACAAGGUUGUGCCAGAUGCCGUUUUCAGAGUCAAGAGCCAUGUCUAUGCUAUGGAAGGACAGGACUGUCGGUACCAGCAGAUGUUUGGUACUGAGCUAAGAGCAGCUGUGACAAGGUUGAUCCAGAUUAUUGCUCAGUCCAGACAAACUGCUCAGAGGAUCUCAGACCAGUCCAGUGAGCUUACAACCUCCUCCUCAUUCCUGUCCUGGUUAGGACUUGGUUCUUCGGAACUCAAUGGGACCUUUAGUGGGUCAGAACCAGAGGAGAGUGGCGAGUGUCUGAAGAAGACCCACGAGUUCCUGGAAAAAGCUCUGGAGAGCCUGUGUGUCAUCUUCAAAUUAAACCAGGGUCAUGUGACUCAAUUCGUCUCCAAUCUGGCUUCAAGUCAGGAUGAAGGAAACUGUAAACAACUGCCUGACUGCAUCCAAAGAGAAGACGGACUGGUCUUGACUGAUCUGGGCCGAAAACAGGUCAUAAACGGACUGCGUAGGUUUGACAUCCAGUACCAGGGAGAUCCAGAGCUGCAGCCAAUCAGGACCUUUGAAAAUCCCCAUCUGGUCCGCUUCUUCUACAGGAUUUCAUCUGUCAUCAAUGAGAGGUUUGGAGGUCACAUGACUGCUCUAUGUUUGCGGCCCGGCUUUUUGGGUCGCAUGGGUCGUCACUUCCUGACUAAUCCUGGUUCAGUUUGGAAACUGAAGCAAAGCCCGGUGUCGUGGACUAGGGUGGGGGGGUCUUCACAGCCACGGCUAAGCCUCCGCCCACUGGCCAGUUACAGGACCAUUGUCCUGCUGCUGCUCUGCUACAUCCUGGGAAUGCUGCUGUCCUUUGGACCUUUGUCCAGUACUAUACUCAUCCUGAUCCUCAGCUUCCUGUAUGGACUCUUUAUGACAAUGUUUUCAGACAGACUUCAGACACACUAAGACUUGACCAGAACAGGAUUGUAAACAACAUCGUCAUUGUCAUCGUCAUCUUCUUCAUCAUCAUCAUUAAAGUCCCCUUUAUUAGAGUAGCUGCAUUUCUUUUUCACAAUCUUCACUGUUUACGCAUAAACACAAAUGAUCAGUCACAUGAUACAUUCACAUUGACCCUAGUGAAUAUGAUUGACCUGAAGAUUUUGGUCAUAAAAGGUUUAAACAUGUUUUUAGUCUGAAUCAGCAGUUUGGUCAUGGAGUGGCAGCUUUUUUUUAAUGCAUUUUUGUUUGAAAAUGUAUAAAAACUGACAUGAACAAAGACAGUUGUUUGUUUUUGCUUUUGUUUUUUUUUUAUAAAAACUGACAUUAACAAAGA